AUGGCUGCAAUGAAGGGUUGGAAGUUGCAUCAGAUGGAUGUUUUUAAUGCCUUUUUGCAAGGAGAUCUCCUAGAAGAGCUUACUGAGGCUCUUCUUGCAUCUGGUUUUCAUCAAAGUCUCCAUGAUUAUUCUCUGUUUACCAAGACUGUUGGUGCUCACAUUGUUUUAAUUUUGGUUUAUGUGGAUGAUCUGAUCAUCACUGGUUCUUGUUCGACCCUAAUUGAGGAAGCUAAAUCUCUACUUCAUCAUCAUUUCAAAAUCAAGGACCUGGGGGAGCUGAGAUAUUUCCUUGGUCUUGAAAUUGCUAGAAGUGAUCAAGGCAUUCUUAUCUGUCAGAGGAAGUUCACAUUGGACCUCAUUGCAGACAUGGGAUUGGCUGGUUCAAAGCCUGCUAGCACACCUCUAGAGCCCAAUCAGAAACUUACCAGUUUUGAGUUUGAUCAAGGCCAUGAAGGGGAUACAAAUGAUGAAUUGCUUGCAGAUCCAAGAAGCUAUCAAAAGUUGGUCGGCAAAUUGUUGUAUUUGACAAUGACUAGACCAGACAUUAGCUUUACCAUACAGAACCUGAGUCAGUUCAUGCACAAUCCCAAGAAGUCUCACAUGGAGGCAGCUUUGAGAGUGGUAAGAUACUUGAAGAAUGCUCCAGAACUUGGGAUCCUACUGUCAUAA